AUGAUUAAGAGACCAGCAACACUGGAAGGGUCUUUGUCUCAGCAGAAGAAGUCGUGCAGCAUCGAGACCAGGACCAAGAGGCUCCUGGAAACAUCAGGCUUGCAAUCUCUGUCGGAGCAGCCUGGCGCCGUGGAGUUGGUGGAGAAAACGUUCACCAAAGUAUUAGCAGAGAUGGGGACGCCCUCUUCGGCGUCGUUAUCAACCUCCGGAGAGGGCGCCGGUUCCUCAUCUCCACCCUGUGAAGGAGGAAGCAGCUCCAUCUCUGCUGCCCUUGUAUCUUCCCCCUCCAGUGCAGCGCGCCAGGAGUCGACCUCCAAAUCCAGAACAGUGGGGCUCCCGAAAAGUGAGGCAAGUUCUCCCACAAUGCAUCAGCUGGGGAAACGUGCCUCUCCAACCAUGGUGAAACGGGAUGUGGUUGCUGCCGUGGAGCCCUUUGGCAAAACCAAAUCCGUUCUGUUAUUUAAGCCCAAACGAGAGGCCAGUUUGUGUUUGGAGAGAGAGGAAGAUGCUGAUAAACUGAGGAGCGUCACGACCCUCGAUGUCAAAGGGAUGUCAAUCACUGUCACAGAGAAGGAAGGUGUUUCGGAGCAGCCCCUUCUGGCAGCGGCAGAAGAGCAAAACUCUGCAGCCUCCGGUUCAUCCUCGACUGAAACCAACAAGUCGGGUUCUGCAGGAAGGAUGGUUCUGCUCCCGAUUAAAACGCUUCUAUCCAAACACAAGAAAAACAAAAACACAGCUACGGCCUGUCUUGUGACGAAAGCUAAAAUGUUGGUUUUCAAAGCAAAAAAUAUCUCAACCAAGCAAAAGUCUGUAUGCGCUGUAAAAACUGGAAGUGAAGCGAGACGAGGUGUUGUGAGAUCAGCUGCAGUAAAGAGAGUGGCUUCGGCACCAUCGGGUCUUAAGAGGUCCGGAAGUCCUGGGAAAAGCUUUGAAGCUGUGAAAUCGGUUGUAGUAAAAAAAGAGAGGUCCAGAUCCACACCCUUCAAGAAGACCACAAGUCCAGGAAAGAGUCUUAAAGCUGGAAAAGGAGCUGUGAAACCAGUGGUUGCAAAAAGUGAAGCGCCAAAGCCCUCAGGAUUCAAGACCACCACGAGUCCAGGAAACGGGCGUCCGAACUGGGACUUGAAACAGAAAGCAGCAGCUAAAAAACCUGAAAUCAGCACCAAAGAAACUGUGGUAGCCACAAAAGUAAGAGAUCAGGCUGGAAACCAGUCGAGCCUGACUGCUGCAGAGCCGAGCUGCACACAACUCGCCCCAGAGACAAACCUUUUGGUUUGCAAAUCAGUAAGUACCUCACCUAAAACGGAAGUAAUCGAUGCCGAAGUGGAUGAGAAAAAGGGAAGAUUAAAAGGGACGGCUGCAUCUUCGGAGGAAAAAGAGGGAAAAGCCUCAGAAACAAAGAGUCUACAGAUCAAAUCCAAUGAGAGUCUUAAACCAGGCAGUGAAGAGGAAGCAACGGCUGCACCAGGUCCCUCUGAGACGUUUAUGGACAUAAAAACAGGAAUAAAAGAUGAGGUUGAGGUCAUCAAAAGCAGAGAUACAUCAACAUUUGACGUGAAGCCGCCGGCAGGAGUUGCCAACGUUGAUUAUACGGCAGAAGAGGCGUUUAAAGAAUCGGAGCUGGAGUCCAUGAAAGUGGAAAGUUUUGAUGUAGCUUCAGAGACCUUGGUCAAAGCUGAGGUCUCUGAGGAGUCUCCUGCGCCAGGACCGGGGACGAAGACAAUGCAGUCAGUCAGCGGCGCAGAGACUAACACCAACUCAGAAGAUGCGGUGACGGCGAGCGGUUCCCAGGAGGAUCCAGCUUCCACCACAUCACCAGAGCUGACUCCCGGGGAGAGGAUGGGCCGCUUUCUGGCCCAGCAGAGCUUCGAUUGUAUGUCACGAGGAGCCGCGCUGUCAACCGGAAGGUUUUCCCACCACUCGACGCUGCUCUUGAUAACCAACCUGCCCUGGCAGGGCGCCAGCGGCGGCUACACGGAGGCCGACGUGGCCACGGUGCUCUGCAGAUACGGAUUCAUUUAUACCUACGACAACAUUUACGUCGUACCUCAGGGCUGCAUGGCUUUGGCCCUCAUGCCCACCAUGCAAACGGUGCAGGAUAUCCUGGCAGCUUCACUACACGAGCGGCUCGUCGUCAAACACCGAAUGCUCCACCUGCACGUCGUGACGACGGACAUAUCGAUGGCACCGUUUGGGUUUUAUAGGUCUCUGAUGAGAUUGACGCCUUAUCCGUCCAGCGACGACGGAGCGAGUACCGUCUACAUCCAGGACAUCUCGCCCAUGGACACCAGGGAUCUCAGGAACACUCUGAGGAAAAUCGGCGACGUCACGAACUUCCUGCCUCUGCUCAACAAGGUUUUUAUUGAGUUCAGGACGGUUUCUGACGCCGAUCGACUCGGAGUUUGGUACAGCCUUCUGGGACGGGGGCGCGUCCACAUCGUCGGCAGGAUGAAAGUACCGCGAGGGAACCUGGUGGCACAACCGCCGAGACGCCCGGAGCAGGCGUUGCCGGACAGCAGCGACAUCAUCGACGGGGCGAAGACACCGACCGCCCCCUGCGGCGUCCCGGGAUGCAGCACUCCGCCAUUUUGGGUCACCAUGACGACUAUUCCCUACGUGUUCCCGACGGCAUCUCCCUGGUUCAACAUCCCACGGUUCAUGACGAUCGGAGGAAACAACGGCGUAACGGAGUCUGAGCUCCGAGGCUCGGCGUUCCCCACCAUCAUGCUGACGGGUUUGCCGGAGGGAAACUACACGCAUGCAGACGUGGCUAAGCUGGUGUGGCAACAUCUCCCCCAGAGGACCCUGCACUCCCUCUACUACAAGGUGGUGGUGCUGCCGCUGCAGAGGAGGGCGUUUGUGUUCUUCUGCGACCGGGAUUUGUGCUACCGUUUUAUCCGGGACCACAUCAGCGUCCCAGUUUCUGUCGGAGGCUGCCAACUGGGCACCCACCUAGUCCUGGAGGACAUGCAUCCCGGAUCCAGUGAGGAGAUGGUGUACCAAAGUAUGCUGAAGUGGAGCAACGUUUACGUCCCGGAGAUAGCGGCUCUGGAGGAUCGGCUGUUGUGUCUGGAGAUCUGCGAGAUCAACGUGAACCACAUCAUGAAGGUUGUGAAGGAGCUGGCGGCCGUCGCCUGUUUCGUCAACUUCCUGCCGCUCGGCAACAGGAUAUGCAUUGAGAUGGUUGAAUCCAGCGGUGUAACGCAGGUGAUGGAGCACGUCGCCACCUUGGAGAAGCCAUCCGUUCACCCCGUCUGUCUGAAGAGCCUCAAACAGCGUUUACUAGAGUCCGGUGACUUCGUCAUGGACCUUGAAGACGACGACGCCGGCGCAGCCGUCCCGGGACACAACCUGCCGGUGACGAUACCGGAGCAGUCUCAUCUCCAGGCGUCUCAGUCGAGGCUUCGUCGCAGACCCAGCGGGCCGUGA